GCGCAGAAGCUCAAGUCCACUCUGGCGCGAGAGACGCUCAAGAAGCGUAUCAUAGAAAGUGACGUCACCAGCUUCUCCUUCUUCCGCUAUUAUCUAUUCAUCUCUCCCCCUUGAGUCUUGAUCUGGAUCCCGCCGUUAGAUGGAGGAGAAACAGUUGGAUUUCAAUGCCCCGCUUCUUUCUGUGAGGAGAUUCACUGCUGCUGCUGCUGCUGCUGCCGCUGCCGCUGCCGCUGCUUCUGCGUCGAGUAAAGGAGAUGAGGGGAGGCGAAAGUGGUCAGGGUCGUCUGCGCCAGCCGCCGUGAAGGAGGUGUCCCCGCCGGUUUAUAAGAGCGACUUAAUUUCGGGCCCGGUGAGGAAUCCCGGCACCGUUCCGUUUGUCUGGGAGUCUGUUCCUGGGAGGCGAAAGAAUGUCCCGAUGGAAGGUCCUGUAUCGAAACCUAAUUCUGACGGCAGAUUGCAGGAAGAGCCGCCUGCUGCGCCAAGACUGCCGCCUGGAAAGGUGGUUGAUGGUGACAGGGAGCGGGGAGAGACGCUCGAGGAUGAUAAUCGGGAAACUGGUAAGGUGAGUUGGUUGCAGACUGACGAUGCCGUAGAAUCGGUAAGCUCAGAUAGGGCAGUGGUUGCUCCUAUGGAUGUUUUGGCCCAGAAUUCGGUUUACAAGGCUUGUGUUAGUUCUUGUUUGGAGGAGAAGGAGAAGAUGAAGGGCAAUUUGAAAGAGGAAGAAGAUGACUAUGAUGCAUAUUCAGAUGCGUUGGACAGGCUGUCAAUGGCUGAAUUGAGUUUGUUCAAUGGUAGUGUUAGCGAUCUGAGCGUUUUGGAUGGACAGGAGUUGGAGAAAAUUGGAAAUUCUGACCUGCAGGGCCGGAGUUUCAUGAUGGAAAGGUUCUUACCAGCCGCCAAAGCAAUGGCUAACGAAACACCAAAACACGUUCCCAGAAAACAACACUUGGCCAGUGAACCAGUGAGGCAGGUGAACAAGUUUCGCGCGGAAGAAGAUUCAUCACCUUACCAAAAGAAACCUUCCCUUAUGCAUCAAUUAGCUCUAGAAGCUGAGGAAGAAGAUGCGGAUGAUGAGGACGACGAAGAUCCAGGGGAUUUAAUGGCCAAAUCUUGUGGUUUGAUCCCUUGGAGCUUGAGGAGUUCGUUGUGUCCUACGAAUCCUUUGAUGCAUGACCGGAGGGAGAGAUCGAAGAAGCAAACGCCCUUCAAUUUUGUUUCUCGGAAGGGUGCUAAAAGUAAUGACAGCGGAUCUUACAGUGGAAGUGACGAGCUGACGUGGGAAGCUGUAUAUAAGAAUAAGUUGAUCCGCAACGUUCUUGCCCUUGGAGUUCACGAUGGUGGAAGCAAGUUGAGUGAGUCCAAUAGUUCUCCUUCAGUGUAUGAAGACACUACGAACAACUGGAGUGAUUCACAAACACCUGAUGAAUCAGUAUCCUGUAGGCGUUCACUAGGUGGAAUAUCACCUUAUAGAAAUGAAGCAACCAAUUCUCCUUUCCGUGAAGGUUCAGGUUUCCUGGGUAUUCCUAAAUCAAGAAAGAGUUAUAGUUCUGAUAGCUUAGAGAUGAACAUAAGAGGGCUGGAAGCAAGGACAAAUGCAUCCAAAUGCCGAAGCAAGGGAACAUCAGGUUCAAUGAGUCCAGCAAUUGAAAAGACUGUAUAUAUUGAUCCUAUAAGUUCAGUGGGGAUGGCAGAUGCAAAAUUCAACCAAGUGGAGAUUAGGGAUGUAAAUCAUAUCAUGGAAAAGGAACCAGAUACUUCGGUCAGAGAAAUGCAGAAACAAGUGAAAUUAUUGCCAGAGUCUUACACUGGAAUGGGUGACGUGGAUAUAGAUAUGACUGAUGAAAAGGAAUUAAGGAACUCCAAUUCUGCAAAAUCCGUUGAAGCUGGUCUGCUUCCUGGCACUGGACAGCUAUCAUGUGUCUAUACUUCACAUGGUAAUGGUAGCGAGUAUGGGGCUCUCAUGCAUGACAAUGACACUGUUCUCAAGCAAUCUAGGUCUUCAAACCCACUGGUGGAGGAGGUUAAUGGUGGGGCAAGUGGUUUAGAUACAGACUUCCCAAGGCAGCAAAUGACUGGGAACAUGGAGCCUUUAGAAGCAGAUACCGAGGGAAAUUCUUCUUUUUCUCAUCCUCUACUGCCACCACCAUUGCCCAAAUCUCCAUCUGAAUCCUGGCUAUUUCGUGCAUUGCCUACUGUUCCAACGCAAAAUCCCUCUUCUAUGUCAUUUCUCCAAAACCGUAGAAAGAAAAAUUUCACAAAGACACCUGCUGAUCCUAAAUGGGAAACAAUCAUCAAAUCUACAAAUGUUUAUCAUGGACAUCUACGCUAUUCUGAGGAACUAGUUCAGGCUUUACCCCAUCAAACAGAAAAAUGAGAUGGUACAUCCUGACGACUUGCUUGCUGAGAGUCCCUUAUUGUCAGCAUCACUAUCUUGGUGUCGCUAAUGAAUAUCUAGGUAUAGGCUCUACACUCCAACAGAGAUAUAAGCACAAAAGAAAGCUAACAUGGUUCUCUGGCUCGUCCGUGAUGAAUCAAUGUGAAGUUCCACCUGUCUUCAGUUUGUUAAAUCCUGUAUUAUUUCAUUCUUUGUCCGUCAGGCUAUUUGACUCUUGUAUUGCCAAUUUCUUACUGAAAUAAAGCCAGGCAGCUGGCUUGUUAUGUAAAUAGAACUGUAAUGGUGAUCAAAUAAUGGCUUCACUUAGAGCUUCAGUAUA